AUGACUACUGAAAGUGCUGACGACAUUAACGUUGGUGUCGCCCUCAGCACUGCUCUUCUCCUUCCGAAUGACUUGGAGCGAAAUGCUAAGCUUAGUGAGUAUGAGAAUUACGCUCUCAUGCUCCAACACUCCGUCCAAGCCAUUCAGCAUGCCCAUUCAUUUUCAAUGCAAUCCUUUGAAAAUCGUCAAAGGUUGGUUGAUAUGAAAAGGGAAGCAUCUUCCAUGAAGAGAGAGAUAAAGUCCCUUGAAGCAAAAAUGAAAAAACUGGAGGAUCAAGCCGAGGCUGCAACUAAAGUUCAAACUUUAGCUCUUGAGAAGGCCGAAGCUGCUGAGGCCGUUAGAAAAGUUGCUGAGGCCGAGAAAAGAGAGGCCGAGGUUCAGAAGGCCCAAGCGGAGAAAGAACUCCAGCAAGCUCUGGCCACCAAAGAGGCCGAAAUCAAAGAGGCCGAUGAAAAGGCCUACGCCCAAGGUAUGGCCGACGUCGCAGAAGAUUAUAAGCUUCAAGUCAGGCAGGCAUGCAACAGGGGAUUUUCCCUAGGUUGGAUGUCCCUGAUAAAGAAGCUUGAUCUCCCUGUUGACUCGCCCCUUCGGAAUGCUGAUGCCAUCCCCUUGCCAUUUCCUCCACCUCCACCU